AUGCAGGCUGCGCACGUAGGCCAACGGCGGUCCUAUGCUGGGGAUUUGUGUACCGUUCGCUACGUGGGUACUGUUGAGGGCACCUCUGGAGAAUGGUUGGGAGUCGAAUGGGAUGACCCGACUCGGGGGAAGCAUUCGGGAGAGCAUCGCGGGGUGAGAUAUUUCACUUGCAAAAGCAAACACCCUACGGCAGGGUCAUUCGUGCGUCCGUCUCGCCCGGCAGAUAAACCUCGAGGAUUCAUCGAGGCCCUGCGCGAGAAGUACGCUUCCGAGUUCCUCGAGCAAGAAAUUGCUAGGCAAGCACAUGGGAAUGACACCACGGGUGACCCUCUGCACAAACCCAUCGAGAUCAGUGGUAAGGUCGUUGAGGAAGUCGGCUUCGACAAAAUCCGGAAGCAGCUUGCCAGGCUCCAAGAGCUGAAGAUCGUGCUUCUUGAUGGUUUGCAAGUUGCGGGUGUGCUGGGGCAUGAUGCAUCAGCUACAGAGAUCGAAUCCGCGUAUGCGGAAAUCGAGCAGACUUGCCCACAGAUCACCGAGCUGGAUCUGAGCCGGAACUUGUUGACGACUUGGGGUGGUGUAGCUCGGAUUUGUGAGCGGUUGAACUUCCUUAAGGCGCUGAAGCUUAUAGGAAACCGGCUUGGUCCUCUCGAGGAGGGGUUGAAGUUCGAGGGCAUCACAGCACUGCAUAUUGACGAGACACUUCUAACAUGGGAGGAGAUAUCAGCAUUGACGUAUCAAUUCCCCGUUCUCAGCACACUCUCUGCUUCAGCGAACCAACUCUCAAUGCCCACAACUCCUCUAUCCAACACCAUCACCCGCCUUACCCUAGAAAACAACGACCUCAACACCCUAUCCUCUAUCAAAUCCCUCACCUCGCUCUCAAGACUAGAGCACCUCUCCCUCCGCGGAAACAAUAUCUCCACUAUCUACGACACAAAUAACACCUCAGACACAGCCCUCCAAUUCCCCCAAAGCCUCCACUCUCUCGACCUAUCCCGAAACAAGAUCACCACAUGGGACUUCAUCAACCACCUCCCCGCUCUAUUCCCAGGUCUAGACACCCUCCGAAUAUCCGCCAACUCGCUGUACGACCAGCCCGUCGGCCCAUCCCACAUCACAGGCGUGCCCGAGAAACCCAUGACAGUGGAUGAAGCGUACAUGCUGACGCUAUCUCGCAUUGGGUCUCUACGAAUGCUUAACUACGGCAAAAUCACACCUAAGGACCGCAAUAAUGGAGAAUUGUACUAUCUCUCUCUCAUUGGAAAGGAGCUAUCCGCUUCCCCGGAGACCGCAGAAGCAGGCAUCCUUGCUAAGCAUCCUAGAUACUCAGAGCUAUGUGAUCUAUAUGGUCAGCCUGUGAUUAGGAGGGCCGAGUCCGGGACUGGCGGUGCUGCUGUGAACCCGCGGUCUGUUGCUGCAAGGCUGGUGAAGUUGGUGUUUCAUCUAUCUCAGACUGAGGUUGUCGCCCGAGAGGGAAGUUCUAUCAACGCUAAAGAAGUCCCUCGGUCGUUCGAUACAUACCAAGUCAAGGCUAUUGUUUCUCGACUUUUCGGACUACAGCCCUACAGCUUUAGGUUGGUCUGGGAGACCGAUGAGCUGGACCCAGUAAGCAAGGAGAAGAUGGAGGAUGAUGAGGGCUGGGAUAGUGAAGAUGAUGGGGAGGGAGGUAUCGAUGAUGCUAAAGAGCCGGAGGGGAAGGUGCCUGGGGAGCUGGGGUUCGUGAAACGCGAAGUCGAGCUCGUGGAUACUACGAAGGAUAUCGGGUUUUGGUUCCAGUCGGAUAUCGCUGAGGCGAGGAUUAGGGUUGAAGUUUUGGCCUAA